CCCAAAAAGGGUGGGCCAGUUAUUGUUAUGUGACAUCAGUGUGUGACCAGAGAGACACUUUAUAAGCUGAGCUGUCUAUUGUUAUCCCAGCUGCACAGACCACUGCUGAUCCCGCUCUGCAAUCUCCCCCACCAUGGAUGACAUAUAUAAGGCCGCAGUUGAACAACUCACAGAAGAACAGAAGAAUGAAUUCAGGGCGGCUUUUGAUAUCUUCGUACAAGAUGCGGAGGACGGCUGCAUCAGUACAAAGGAGCUGGGGAAAGUCAUGAGAAUGUUGGGGCAGAAUCCCACCCCCGAGGAACUGCAGGAGAUGAUAGACGAGGUGGAUGAAGAUGGGAGCGGCACGGUAGACUUCGAUGAGUUUUUGGUGAUGAUGGUUCGGUGCAUGAAGGAUGACAGUAAAGGAAGAUCAGAGGAAGAGUUAUCUGAUAUAUUCCGCAUGUUUGACAAGAAUGCUGAUGGAUACAUUGACCUUGAAGAGUUGAAGAUUAUGCUACAAGCUACCGGGGAGACCAUAACUGAGGAUGAUAUCGAGGAACUGAUGAGGGACGGAGACAAAAAUAACGAUGGCAGAAUAGAUUAUGACGAAUUUCUGGAGUUCAUGAAAGGAGUGGAAUAAACAGAAGAUCCUGGAAGCUCCCCACCCCUCCCCAGACCCCAGACCGCUUCACUGGUUUAUGAUUAAGCAGUGGCAAACGCAGGAUUUGCAUGGGGGGGUUUCCAGAACUGGGCGGAGCCAAUCACGGGGGUGGGGACUGAGGUGACCCAGUAUAUGCUGGGUCCGUAAAACUAGUGUGUGUGUGUGUAUAUAUAUAUAUACACACAUAAAUAUACAGUAUACAUAUAUCUACACACACACACACACACACACACACACACACACACACACACACACACACACAUAUAUAUAUACACACAUACAUAUACACGGGUGGUCUUCAGUAUGCCGGCGGUCGGGCUCCCGGCGACCAGCAUACUGGCGCCGGGAGCCUGACCGCCGGCAUACCGACACUUAUUCUACCUCGUGGGGGUCCACGACCCCCCUGGAGGGAGAAUAGAAUAGUGUGGAGCGCGUAGCGUGGCGAGCGCAGCGAGCCCGCAAGGGGCUCAUUUGCGCUCGCCACACUGUUGGUAAGCCGGCCGCCGGGAGAUCGUAGUGAACCCAUAUACACAUAUACAUAGCAUAUUAAACAUGCAUACAUAUAUAUAUAUAUAUAUAUAUAUAUACACACACACAUACAGUACACAUAUAUAUACACAUGUAUAUAUAUAUAUAUCAUAUGUGUGUGUGUGUGUGUGUGUUUAUAUGUAUGUAUGUAUAUACAUGUGUAUAUAUGUAGGCACAUGGAUAUAUAUGUACUAUAAUUAAAAUAAAGUAAACUUUUAUUGCACUUGCAAGUGCCACCAGGAAGACAGCAGGCUGCAGAGGACGCUAGACAGUCAUUAAUAAUACUCAUGCAGCUAAAAGUAAAAAAAAAAAAAAAAAAAAAAUAUUUUUUUUUAGUGGAGGGGGGUUUCUGGGUACUCGGAAACCCCCCCUGGGUGCGCCACUGAUUAAGGACUGUUGUUUUAUCAACUUUCAUCAAAAAUAUUGAGAAACAGAUUUGCGUGGCUCCGUUGGCUGGCAAGACCCUUACACCGAGACUCCAUUGACCUCCGUAACUGACUUAUCUUGGAGGGCACAAUAAAGUAAUUUUCCAAAUUUCAUUAACACCCACAAUACAUCUACAGGGAAAAUAAACCAGUUCAACCGCAUUUCUAAAGUUGGAUUUCCCCUUUACCCUGUACAGAUAUAACAGCACAUAUUGGAGAAUCCUAAUUCCUGAGGUCUGUAUCGCGUGGUCUCUGGAACCGCUGUUUUCCAUUAUUCGAGGCGAUUGGUAGUAUGACUAUAAUAUGACUUUAAGCAUCUUUUUAAUCAAGUCCUAAAUGCACCAUAUCCAAAUGAAUCUAUUUCCUAUUUCUUUAAUACACAUUUAUUCGCUUGGUUGGGGAUUCAUCAUUGACAGCGGUGAUUAUCUCAGAUCUUGGAUACGUAAGGUCCACUCAAAUUUCCCAAACAUUUCAUAUCAGACACCAAUGCUGCCAACUUAUAACCUUGUUUUAAAAUGUUCAAACUGCAAAUAAACUGGUUUCCAUGAA